CGGUGGCUAUAUUGCCGCUUUGUGAACUCAAGUUUGACGCAUUUCCCCCCACUCAUUCGUUCUCGGGUGGAAAAGACUUUCCACUUCCAACUUUCCGACACUUCCCGAAUUAUCAAAAUUCAAAAGAAAAUGCCCGAGAAACGUUGGAUUCCGCAGGUCUUGUGGCGCCUUUUCGGAAACCGAGCGCGUACACUGGCAAGCACGAUCGUUGCGCUACUUCCUCCUCCUCUGCCCUCCCCGGCGGAGUGCCCGUGCAAGGGCUUGCGAUGUCUCGGCUGCAGUGGCUCCAACGCGAUGUCGUUUCUGUCGAGACCAGAGGACCCCGAAGACUACCUCAAACUUCUGAAUCGCUGCUUCAUUGUUGUCCCUGACGAUGCGCCCGCGCUCUCUCAUUUCCACCCUCACUGCCGCUGGUCUCAAGCUCAAAUUGUGCGAAGGGCUAUUGAAAUGAAGACGUAUGAUAAAGCCAUGUCUUCCAAUGUAGUAUGUGACAGUUAUGAUAAGAUUAAUCACUCGAGCCCCAUCAUGGAACUUUUAUCUUCUUCAGCAUGGUGCCUUUUAUUACAAAGGGUUGGGGAUGAUGUCAUGUUUUAUCUUCUAAAUCAUACAUCAGUGUUUUUACCACUUCCGAAUAAGAAGCACCGUCAAGUGGCAGGUCCUCCUAUAAGUAAGUUAUGCUAUGAGUUUUCAAAGCGAAGACCAGAGUCUCAGUAUCCACAUACUUCACUUAUACAUUGCGGAUCCAAAAAGAAGAGGCCUUUAGUUGAAGACCAUAGCUCAUUUUCAGUGGCACAGAAAUUAAGUAGUUCUCCUAGUGUUGAUGAUCCCUCAAGUUCUGUAAGCUGGGAUGGCUCCAAUGCUAGCAGUAGUAUUAGAUCAUUUACUCGGCUUUACAGAGAAAAGCAUUCUCAAAUGAAUUUAUUGAAAGCAGAUACAGCAAUUACUGGAACUGGUACCAAUGACACCAGAGAUUCAGAUGAUGAAUUUCAAGAAUGCUCCAAUCAGAUUGCAGAAAAAUCUCGAAAGCGUUCCAGGCCAUUUAGUUGGCAGCGUUGCAGAAAACGAAGGCAUUUAAAUUCUGAAGAAACCAAUGUUAAGACCUCUUUUGCUACAAGUCAGUACAAAGAUGGCUUUUCCCAGGGGCUCCAGCCUGGAGGGAUUGCAAGCUUAAGUCAUCCUGGCAUGAUGCCAUGGGAAUGCUCUUGUUCUUUAGGAGUGCAAGCUCCCCAGUCCCUGGUAGUUGCCAAAGGGGCUCAUAUUAACAGGCAAUCCAUGUUUUAUGACUUGCAAUCUUAUUCAUCAGUUUUUCCUCGAAAGCAUAUACUAAGUUCUCUAAAGCCCAAUUUUUCUGAUGCAAAGUUUCUUAUUGGCAAUAUCUAUGGCCUAUCUGAACUAAAUGCGGGUGUUCAGUCAGCGCCAAGCUUCCCGAUUAGUGGCUUUAAUCUCACCGGAUAUCCCUGCCUGUACAACUCACUUGUUAAGUUUCUUAAGAGUCUCAUACGCAGGAUGCAUCGUUGCCAACAUUUCAGAUUAUUGGAUAAACAUUGUGUUGUUCCAGCAGUGAACAGUCAUUCUACUGGAAAAUCUUGCACCAUUGUUGAGGGGGAUACGAUAAGGAAAAAUAUUUCAGAGAAUUCUCAUGGUUUUGAAUCUGCAAAUUGUGAGGAAACCCUGAACACAAUCAGGCCUCAGUUUGAGGCACAUAAGUCUUAUUGCUCAAAAACCCAGGUAGUGUCCUUUAUAUGGGCAGUUAUCAGGAGUGUAGUUCCUCCAGAGUUGUUAGGAACAUCUUAUAACUGGAGAAUGCUAAGGAGAAAUAUUGCCAAGUUUAUUCGCCUUAGAAGAUUUGAGAAAUUCUCAUUGAAGCAGUGCAUGCAUAAAUUGAAAACAUCGAGGUUCCCGUUUCUAUCGACUCUACAUUUGUUGCCUAACGGCUUAACAAGGUUGAAUGAUGCCGCAAAUAUUUUGAAACACAAUCUUUUGCAAAGCUGGAUCUUUUGGCUCUUUUCAUGUCUAGUGGUGCCACUUGUGCAAGCAAACUUCUAUGUCACUGAAACUGAGCAUGGAGAUCAAGAGGUAUAUUUUUAUAGGAAGUCUGUUUGGGUGAAGUUGAUGAAUAGGGCCAUCACUUGCUUGAAAGGUCAGAACUAUCUUGAAUUGGAUGUUCCAGCUGUUAGAAAUAUUAUAAGCAAAAGAUUGUUUGGUUUCUCAAAACUCAGACUUCGUCCGAAAGAGAAUGGAGUGAGGAUGCUGGCAAAUCUGAAGGCAUCAUCAAGAUUGCCAGCACAGGAGUCCUCUUUGGAAGAUCAAUCAUUUGGAAUGCGUAGAAAUGGAAAAUUUAAUCUGAAGAAAGUUAAAUAUAAUCAUUUCAAGUCUGUAAAUUGUGUUCUUCGUGAUACAUAUGCUGUUUUAAAAGGUCUGCAGUUGGAAGGACCGGAGAUGUUAGGAUCAUCAGUUUUUGAUUACAAUGAGGUAUAUAGAAAGUUAUGUCCAUUUUUUAUUGGUCUGAAGAAUGGAUCAACAAUAAUGCCUCGCAUAUUUGUUGUUGUUUCUGAUGUGUUAAAAGCAUUUGAUUCAGUUGAUCAGGACAAGCUGCUUAGUGUAAUGAAUGAUAUCAUACUGAAUGAUAAAUACCUUCUUAGACAGUCUGACCAGGUAGUGUGCACGAAGAAAAAUCCGUGGGUUCAUAAAAACCUUUUGUUGGUUAAUCAAAAUAUCGGCAUUACAAGAGUCACACCCUCUGUUCCCUUUCAAUCACUGCAUACUGUGCUUGUUAAUCAGGAGUGGAGCAGAUACGUGAAAAAAGAAGAGCUAUUUUUCACCCUAAAGGAACAUGUUAAGUUCAAUGUGCUGCAGUUUAAUAAAAAGUUUUACUUGCAAGGUUUAGGCAUUCCUCAAGGAAGCAUUUUGUCAUCUCUGCUUUGCUCUUUAUACUUUGGACAUCUGGAAAGGAAUGUGAUCUUUCCAUUCCUUGAGAAAACUUGUGAAUGUACUGCUAAAAAUUUACCUAGAGGACAUAUUUAUCGUGAUGCUUCAGAACAGGAAAGCAGUGUGGAUAAGUUUGACUCACCCCUGAAUUAUAUACUCUUAAGAUUUAUUGAUGACUUCCUUCUUAUUUCAACUUCAAAGAAGCAGGCCACUAGCUUCUUUUCCAGGUUGCAAAGAGGAUUUCGAAAUUACAACUGCUUCAUGAAUGAUGAUAAAUAUGGUCUCAAUUUUGAUAAUGGAUGCAUAUCAGGGGUUCCAUCAAACAGGGUUUCUGAGGGUGAAGAUGGCAUUUCAUUCCUUCGAUGGAGUGGGUUGCUUAUCAACUGCGGCACUUUAGAAGUUCAGGCAGACUACACGAAGUAUCUGAAUAAGCAUUUAAGUUCAACUCUUACUGUCUGCUGGCAAGGUAAACCAGGCCGUAAUCUGAAGGAAAAACUGUGUGGCUUUAUUAGACCUAAAUGCCAUCCUAUAUUCUUCGACUCGAAUAUUAAUUCAGCAGCUGUUGUCAGAUUAAAUAUGUAUCAAGCAUUUUUGCUAUGUGCAAUGAAGUUUCACUGUUAUGUUCGUGAAUUGUCGUACAUUUGCAAACUUCACACUGGAUUCUAUGUAAGCAUUAUUGAAAGAUCUUUGAGGUAUAUGUAUGUGUGCAUAAAGAGACGGAUGCGAUCUGCAUACCGUGGUUCUGAUUUCCGACCAACUUUUCAAGUGGAAGAGGGAGAAGUUGAAUGGCUUGGAUUAUAUGCUUAUAUCCAGGUAUUGAAGAGAAAAGAAUCUCGGCAUAAAAAGUUGCUAUCUACACUAAGGUGCAAGUUCGCACAGAGAAUGCCCGGGAGUGUGCCAUCUCAACUAAAAUAUGCAGUUACUGCCUCACAUUCCUCCUUAAUUUGGAAAAUUCAAUACUAAAUUCUUGGAGGUAUGUCACAAAUGGUAUAAUGAUUGAACUGUUUUGUUCCCAUUUUUCAUAUCACUAGUGCAACUAUCGAAGGACUAUGAGAAUUAUACUAAAGUUUAUUUUGUAAUUCCUUUUCCUUUAGCAUAGAUGCAUACUUGAGUUUGUUUCUCUAAAAUAUUAGCCGGAUAUUGCUUUGCUCCAAGUUUACAAAGCAGCAUCCGAACCCUCUGGUACACAUGCAGACGCAUCCAUAGGAAGAACUGGCACAUUCGAUCAUUGGUCAAUCACAGACCACUCGAUUGAAUGUUUUGUGUUGUUUUCUCAUGUUUCAUUGAGAAAUUGGGCGUUGGAAUAGAUACAAUCUUCUAAUAAGCAGGAACGAAUGAGGCUGAGUUUGUGCCUAUCAGAAGUGCAUGCACCUGAGGAUGAAAUCAUGAAACUGAAGCUUUCUGUGGCUUGCCAAUUGUAGCAAUCAUCGUUUUGGUGGAUUUGUAAAACAGAAUGUGUUGAGUGUUCUGAGUUCAGAGCUAUUGAGCAUUCUUUCUUGGAUGCUCUUCUUGAUCAGCAGUCCAUGAUGGUUGUAUAGUAUGAUUUUUUUUUUUCCUGGUUUUUAUAUCUUUAUUGAUGUGAGAUGUUCAAGAAGAUAUAAUGUUCGGUGACUCUGGCCAUGUGA